UAGAAGGGAAUUAACAAAGGUUGUGACCCCUUGUUUGUUCUCUCUAAAGCAUGAGAAUGAUCAUCCUCUUUCUCUGAUUGCCCUCCUCCUUAUUCUCUCUUCUCCACUUAAUCAAAAGUUUAAAUUUUUAUUAAUGAGAUAGAAAUAUAAGGAAAAGAAAAUAGAACGAAGGAAAAGGAGGGAAAAAAGAAAAAAAAAAGAGAGAGAGAAAGUAGUAGAAAUGGGAAGAGCUCCUUGUUGCUCUAAAAUUGGCUUGCAUAGAGGUCCAUGGACUGCUAGGGAAGACGCGUUGCUAAUCAAGUACAUUGAAGCUCAUGGUGAAGGACAAUGGAGAUCUUUGCCUAAGAAAGCCGGACUUCUAAGGUGUGGAAAGAGUUGUAGAUUGAGAUGGAUGAACUACUUGAGGCCAGAUAUCAAAAGAGGCAAUAUUACACCCGAAGAAGAUGACCUUAUUAUUAGGUUACAUGCCUUAUUAGGCAACCGAUGGUCUCUCAUUGCUGGAAGAUUACCUGGUAGAACCGAUAAUGAAAUAAAAAAUUAUUGGAACACCCACUUAAGUAAGAAACUUCGGAGCCAAGGUACUGAUCCGAAUACCCAUAAGAAGUUAUCUGAAUCCGAUUUGGAAAAACUAGCUAAGAAUUACAACAAAAAGAGAUGUAGGAGCUCAAUUACAAACAAUAAUAAACAUACUAAUAAUAAUGGAAGUGUCAAAACUCAAAAAAUUGAUGAAGUAGUUGAGGAAAAAACCAAGAUCCAUUUACCCAAACCCGUUAGGGUUAAAUCCGUUAUCUCAAUGACAAGAAAUGAUAGCAAUACAAGUUUAGAAACAAUCAAUGUGAGUACGACAAGUGUCUCUUCUAGUCAAAAUAAUCAAACCCUUGACCAAAAUUAUGCCCUACCAACAUAUGACUCGGAAGAUAAUAUCAUUCUAAAUAUUCCAUGGCUAGAACAUCAUACAAAUAUGGAAGGCAGUGGGCUUGAUGAUCAUCUGAUGAUGGCGAUCGGAUCAUCAUCGUGUGGUAAUCACGAUGUCGGAAUCGAUAUCAUGCAGCCUAAUAAUGAAGUAAUGGCAGCACCGGAUAACAACCAACAGCUUGAGAAGCUCUAUGAGGAGUACCUACAACUUAUUAAGGUUGAUCAUGAUCAUCAUCAUUAUCACGAUGGCGAUCGCGAUGGAGGCCAUGAUGGUGAUGUUGAUGGUGAGCUAGAUUCCUUCACUGAAUCUUUUCUCAUUUAAUUCGAGAUGUAUACAUGAUUGUGAAAGGGAAGGAGAGAUUAUUAAUAAAGAUAGUGGACAUUUUUUAAAAAUAUGCUGCAUGGAAUUGAAUUUUUUUAAAAAACGAUUGCAUUCAUUUUGCAAUUUAUGUAUUACUAUUGCUAAUGAAAGGUAACAGUAUAAUAAUAAUAUGAGU